UCUUCAUGCUCCUCCCCACGAUUGGUUACCAUCCAUCCUUUAUCAUAUCAUUCACUUCUCUCUCUAGGCCCAACUCUUCUCUCUCUAGAUCCAGCGAGGAAACCAUCAAAAUUCAAUAUAUGUGUAUAUAUAUAUAUAUAUCCAACAGUGUAAGCACUCAAUUUCCUCAAUGGCACAUGUGGGCAUAGGAAGGGAAAAAGAAAAAAUAGAGGAAGAAGGAGAUGAUGCGCCUCCCAACCAAAAACAAUAAAAGGGAGGAGCUUUUUUUUUUUUUUUGGGUGUUAAUACCCCUCUGCAUCAUCCUCUUAAAGGCCUCACAAAAAAUGAAAAAAAAAAAGAUUUUUCCCCCUUCUUUUUCCAUCUUGAUCACAACUCGUAAGUUCUGUUCUGUCUGGUCUGCCUCAAAGUCUCUCCAAAAAAGAAAGCAUUUUUAUUACAAACACCUCACGCAAUUAUGUGGUGGCGUCUUUGUGGUCUUCUUUGGGCUUUGGUCUGGGUUUCACAGGCGAAACAGGAAUACCCAAAUCCUAACUCUUUUGUGUUCCUUCUUCUCUCUCUCUCUCUUAUUCUUUCACCCCCAACCUCCGUUUUGGUUUUCUCUGCGAUCCAUCUUCUGUUGAGGAGAUCCGAUGAGGAAGAUGAAGAAAGAUUCUGCUUCUGCUGCAUCCUGCGCAGAUCCCAGGAUCAGGUUGAAGCAUGAAACCCUUAUGGAGGACUAUCAAGAGUUGGAAAAGGAAAACGAGGUCACGAGAAGGAAUCUAGAGAUGAUGAAGCAGACAAGAUCGACUCUCAGGGCAGAAGUAAGGUUUCUUAAGCGGAGAUACAAUGAUUUGAUGCAAGACCGAAGUCAUGGAACCUCUCUGGAGAUGAUGAGAUUGUCGGAAUCUGGAGAUUUUAGGGUUUCAAGUGAAGUAAACGCCAAGAGGAAGAAGCAAACCGCAGGUAUGAGACUGCCGGUGGCAUGUUUCGAUAUGAAACAGAAGAGUACAAUGUACAAUGGAAAGGAAGCAAUGGAGAAAUCAACUGGUGACUUGGGCAAGAAGCAAAAGAGGAACAAAGGAAACAAUGGAAACAAGGUUUCGAGAACACCCAUGUCACUUCCUGAUCUUAACCAGACAGAGAGGACCUGUAAUGGAGAUGGAAACACUUCAAACAUCAGUAAAGUUCUUGUCUUUGACCUAAACGAGAUCUCGAGAGAAGAAGGGUCGCAGGCUAAUGGCAAAGAAACCGACGCUGAGGACAUGAAGAGCAGGGUGCUAGGAAACGAUGAGUUGCAGGGUGAAAUAAAGUUGCCAAUUUGCAAAAACGUGAAGAAAGGGUUGAAUAGAGGUGUGAAGAGAAAGGUUUCAUGGCAAGAUCCUGUGGCUUUAAGAGUUUUGAGUUCAUAGUUCUAUUGGUAGGAUUGGGAUUCAAGACCAAUAUGGCAUAUAUACACCUACUUCUCAGUUGGAUUCUUCACAGUUUCUUGUAAGAAAUAUAGAUAGGUACAAUAGAGACAGAUUGAAUGAAUAUAUAUAAGGGUUGAAUAGAAAUGUGAAAAAAGUUUCAUGGCAGGAUCCAGUGGCUUUAAGAGUCAUAAGCCCUUAGUUCUGUUAAAUUAGCAGAGUUAGGAUAUGCAUAUAUACAUCUCUCAUUUUGGUUCUUCA